AUGACUCGUAAACAUCUUAUUGAUUCAUUAGCUGAAAUAGGCAUAUUAAUUCCAACUAGUAUAAAAACUGAUGUAUUACGGUUGUUAUAUGAAACUAAUAUUAUCGAUGAUCAAAAGAAACAGAAGAAUAAACUUACAAUUGCAUCAGCAAUGGCUAAAGUUCAUCAUAAUCAAGAUGCUGCAUCGGCUGAUGAUUCUUCGAAUGAUGAUACACAUCAAAUUGAUGAUGUUAAUAUUAAUUAUAACACAAUGACUCCAGCCGAUACACAAGAAGGAGAAGGAGACCAUAUUAUUGCUCGUCAACCAAAAAUAUCAACCGAAUUUUCUCAUCAAGCUGAACUAACAAAUUACAUUAACAACAAUUCUGGUAAGCCGUUUACAUUGUUUUCGGCUCCAACGGCUGAAGAGAACUUACAUUUUGGAAGUAGUGGACUAUCUGUACGAGGAGACAGUGAUCUUGAAACUGUUCCGAAAGGUUU